ACGGGCGGGGCUCUCGAACUGGACCUCUCGCAGUUCGAAAAGAACAAAGCCGGCGGCAGAGCGGGGUUAAAAUCAAACAUCUUAUUGUUUUAAAGGGAAACCCGUUAAACCGACCUAAACUUUUUACGUUGCUACAGACGGUGGUGGUAACAUAGAUGUUCGCUGAAUACAGCCUGACAACAAUAUAACGUAAUUCCUUUUAAACGCAGCUAGUUGACUAAACAUGGACACCGGUGAGUAAACGUAACGGAAGCAUUGCCAGCAGUUGGCCAACAACAUAAACGUUAAGGUAAUACAUGCUAGCUCACGUAGCAGUAACGUUAGCUUGCCAGCCGUUUGGACAAUGCGAGUGGAAUCAGUAAAGAUAUUUCACCACAAUGAGCGUUUCAUUUAAUUUUCUUACCGUGCUAUGUCCCCCACUCGUGUCCCCUGUACAUAUGAAUGUGACAUAACUGCUUGAAGAAGAAAGAUUAGGUCGACACCAGUCAGAUUGGCAGCGGCGGCUGUGCAUAAUAGGAUAGGAUGACACACCCUGCUAAGUUUCCUCUGUUUAUAGUGAAUUUAAAGUGGAAACACACUGUGCUUACACUUAAAAGUAUUCCUCUCCCAAGUGUCUUGCAAUAUCUCUCCAGAUUUCAGUUUUUGUUUUAUCUGACCAUCUCUGUAAACCUUUUCUUAUUCCACUCAGGGACACCAUUGUCUUGCAGUGCUGUGGUGGCCUUUGUGAAUGCUGCAAGGUGGCCUGGUGUCCUAUAUCACCUGUGUAUUUUUCAUUUCUACUACUAAAAAGUGACAACAUUUGCCCUUUUUUAUUCAGAUCAUCCUCUGAAACCUUACUUAGGCCAUGGGACACUAAAUUCAGACCCAGAUUAAUUAUUCUUUCUUGUGUGUUGGCAGUUCUUGACAGCAGCACGUCUGGAGAAAUAAAUACAGACUCAUUUUACAUUUUGCAUACUUAUGCAGCCGUGGUUAGUAAGGAACUUUUUCAUAACUGUGGUGGACAACAUGACAGGCUCUGUCUUCUCUGGUCACCCUACUGUUUGUUUCUGUCUACCCCUGCUGGCUCAGUGGUGUCUGUGCUUGAGUAAGAAAUGCUCAGCAGUCAGUGUCCUCAAUCAGAUCCAAGAGUGAGUAAAUGACUGAACCUCAAAAUCUGUUGUCUGUGGUAAUAAUACCUAAAUUAAACCUAAACACAUACUCCCAAAGUCCAUCUGUUCUGGAGCAGCUCCCUGGCUCUGCAGUUGGAAGUUCUCGAGUAAUUUUCAUGUGAAGCAGCCAAAACACUGCAGUGGUCCUUCACUGGACCUUAACCAGUGCAGAGAAGCUAUGAAGCAGGUGAAGGUUGUACCAGCUGACUGAGGUGACCAAACUGAGACUUUGUAGGGGAUGGAGAGGCUUAAGUCAAUUAAAUCCAGCAGGCUGCAGUCUGACAGAACAGCAGGACGAGGAGCAGGCACACAGUACAGCACUCCAAGGCACUGAGAAUGGCCUCAAUUAUGCAGAAGCUGAUCACCCCACUGUUCAGUGGUCCUCCUGAGCCCCCUAGGAAUAAAGUGACAGUGGUGGGUGUGGGCCAGGUGGGCAUGGCCUGUGCUGUCAGCAUCCUGCUCAGGGAGCUGGCUGAUGAGCUGGCUCUGGUGGAUGUAAUGGAGGACAAGCUGAAAGGAGAGAUGAUGGACCUGCAGCACGGCAGCCUCUUCCUCAAAACCCCCAAAAUAGUUGCAGACAAAGACUACUCUGUGACAGCAAACUCCCGCAUCGUGGUGGUGACAGCAGGAGUCCGUCAGCAGGAGGGAGAGAGCAGGCUGAACCUCGUCCAGAGAAACGUCAACAUCUUUAAGCACAUCGUCCCUCAGAUUGUCAGAUACAGCCCUGACUGCAUCAUCAUUGUGGUUUCCAACCCAGUUGACGUGCUGACCUAUGUAACCUGGAAACUGAGCGGCCUUCCCAAACACCGCGUCAUCGGCAGCGGCACCAACUUGGACUCAGCUCGCUUCCGCUUCCUGAUGGCUGACAAACUGGGAAUCCAUGCCAGCAGCUUCAACGGCUGGAUCCUGGGAGAACACGGAGACACCAGUGUGCCUGUGUGGAGUGGAACAAACGUGGCUGGAGUCAACCUGCAGACGUUAAACCCAGACAUUGGCACCGACUGUGACGAGGAGAACUGGAAGGAAACCCACAAGAUGGUGGUGGACAGUGCCUACGAGGUGAUUAAACUGAAGGGUUACACCAACUGGGCCAUUGGUCUGAGUGUAGCGGACCUGACAGAAAGCCUCAUAAAGAACAUGAACAGGAUUCAUCCUGUUUCCACUAUGGUGCAGGGGAUGUAUGAAAUCAGUGAUGAGGUGUAUCUGAGUCUGCCCUGCGUGCUGAACAGCGGCGGUGUGGCCAGCGUGGUCAACAUGACCCUGACAGACGACGAGGUGGCCCAACUGCAGGCCAGUGCCAACACGCUGUGGGACAUCCAGAAGGACCUGCAGGACAUCUAACUAACAGCUGGGGGCACUGUACCUUCCUGGCUUCUCAUCACCCGCAGUAUUACAUUCAGCUUCAAUCCACUGCCCUUUGUAGAUUCACAGGCGUAUGGGAGUUUCAUCCCGCCAGAUUUAGCCAUAGCUGUCAGUUUGCACACUUCUGCUCGCUGGACACCAAAUGUGACAUCAACUGAGUGAAACACUGCUCUGACUCAUUUGUCCUCGACUAUGCUGAAGUGCGGGACCCCUCAUGUUGCUUUGAUGUGUAAUAAAGGAAGUUUGUGGUUGCUUGAA